AUGGAUGUGUACGAAGCAACGAGGAUCGUGCUCUCUAGAAUCCAGAGCUUAGACCCAGCAAAUGCUUCCAAGAUCAUGGGUCUUCUCCUCCUUCAGGAUCACGGGGAGAAGGAGAUGAUAAGGUUAGCCUUCGGGCCUCAGAAUCUCCUCCAUUCCGUCAUAGCCAAGGCCAAGAAAGAGCUUGGUCUCAUGGCCUCCGAUUUAGGGUUCGGAUGGGGACACUGCUCCUACGAGUGCCACGAGCUGCUUCGGUCCAAGUCUGUUCCGCCCAGACUUGCCCAUCACUUCCCCAAAGGUGUCAACUUGCAGCAGAGUGAAUCCCAAAGAGCAGCUGCUUUGAUGAUGGGCGACGACUUGCACAAGUUUGGAAGCUGGAGGCCAGAGAGGACUGACCUCUCGGCGAUGGCCUGCCCUGCGUCCAGACAGAUCUAUCUGACUUUCCCGGCGGACAGUAUCUUCAGGGAAGAAGAUGUUUCAAAUUACUUCGGUACCUAUGGACCAGUUCAGGACGUGAGGAUACCGUACCAGCAGAAGAGGAUGUUUGGGUUCGUGACCUUCGUGUACCCGGACACGGUGAAGAGCAUUCUGGCCAAAGGGAACCCUCACUUUGUGUGUGAUUCCAGGGUUCUUGUUAAGCCUUACAAGGAGAAAGGCAAAGUCCCUGACAAGUACAGGACUAAGCCAUCUCCGGAUGGAACCCCCACUGGCCUUGACAUUAUUAUGGCUUUUCACGAAAACACCCAAGAGCUGUUGUGGAGAAGGAGGUUUGAAGAACAAGCUCUUGAGAUUCAGAGCACAAGGCUGAUGAAUUUGCAGCUUCAUGUCAAGAAGCAUUUUCAACUCGGUUCCCCUAACCCUUUCGACCAAACACUACUAGACAACUCUCCACCGGCAAUUUCAGUGAACAGGGAAGGAUCUGAUGAGGAUACAAUCAAACUAGCAGAGUGGCUGCCAGAGAGCCCAUUUGCAUCACCAACACACCAUUUUCUUGAGUUUGACGAGUCUGCGGCAGCUGAAGGCACUAGCGGUUCAGGCUCAGCGUCGCCUUGUUUUGAUAAGGAUGAAUCUACAAGUAAACUGGCAGAGUCUUACAAGUGCCAAAUGCCGAGCUUAUCACUGAUAGGGAUGUUACCAGGCCGCGUUGGGAUCUAA